UUCCGCAACGGAAAGCACCGGGAGGUUGGUUGGUGUUAGAGCGGUCGGAAGGUAGCAUGGCUUUAACGUCGCGGAGGUUAGGUGAGCGGCUAAAGGCGACAAGAGGGGGCUCAGUAAAAACCUUAUGGCAUCGCUUUGAAGAGAGUAGGAGGUUGUAAUUUCUACGGAUUAUGUCGUUGAUGUUAGGUAGUGUAGGGUUAUAAGUAGUGACAAAGGGGAUGCGACGGGACUUUUUUUGGUUGUUAUUAUUAGGGCGUAGGGCGUCAAUGCGGGAAAUGUUAGCAGCGCGUAGGAUUUGUCUCUUGAGAAAAGCUGCUUUAUAGCCACGCUUGAAGAGGUAGUUGGUGAGUUCAUUGCAGCGGUUAUUAAAGCUUUCUUCUGUAGAACAAAUGCGGCGAAUACGGAGGGCGAGGCUAUAGGGGAUAGCCUUUUUGGUGUGAUGAGGGUGGCAAGAUGAAAAAAGAAGGUGUUGGUUUUGCCAGUAGGUUUGGAGUAAAGGUCAAUUUCGAUUUUACUAUUAACAAGGGAGACAUUAACGUCAAGAAAAAGGUACAUUGUUAUAGGAGUGGGAGCUUGUAAAUUUAAUGGUGGGGUGUAGAUUGUUAAGAUUAUUUACAAAAGCGUUCAAUUUGUCUAGACACUCAGUCCAUACAACAAAAAUAUCGUCGAUGUAUCUUAACCACGUAUGGGGUUUGUAAGGGGCGUCAUGCAAAGCGGUGGUUUCAAAUAGGCCAAGAAAGAGAUUAAACUUAAAUUAAAAAUUAGAUUAUUAGAUUUUUUAUCAGUUUAAUUUUAAUUGUUUUAAUUUUAAUUUUAUUCUAUGAAGUUUGGGAGUUCAAGAACUAAUAGCAAGCUGGUUAUCGAAAUCCUUUGACAACAGCUGGUUGACACUUUUUACUUGGCUUGUUGCUUGUACUAAAUAUUGUACCAUGUUCAGCUCUUUUAAUUACCAUAUAUUAAAAACUGAUGAAUAGUGCGCCUAUAGGACUAUACCGGGGCCUGUUAUUGUCAUUUUUCAUGAUAUUCUCAAACAAGUUAUGAUAACUUCUUAGAGUUUAAUAGCUUGUAUAAAACGAAGAUAGAACCAAAUUGUGAUACAAAAAAUAGGUACCUGGAUCCCUUCGGCGCACGCGCACUUUUAAAAUUCCAAUGUGCAGGAACCAACCGUUUAAAGAACAUUUUCGUAAUAUCUAAUGCGUCGCGUUUGAUUUUAUCCUCGUACAUAUCGGUAUCCGCCUUGUUUUUUAAAUCGUAUAAUCAUAGGUUUGGGGCUGCAGUGCUAACCCAGAGAAAGGGUCUGAGAGGGAAACAGCAGAGGAGUUCCAAAGAAAAUGCCAGGGACUAAAGCUAAUUCGAAGAGCGUCUUUGUCCUUUACAGCAAUAUGGCCCUCGAAUGGUCUUUUGCAAGCACUUGCGAGCACCCCGUUUUUUAUGCGAGACAGGGCGUUUUUAGUUGUUGAAUAUAUCGAGCAGCAAGCACAUCGGAAAAUACAAUGCGACACGGCGUGAAAAAUGCGCGAGCAUGCGAACAUUAGCCGAAAACUGAAAGCACUUCAAAAUUUCGGGGGACCAUUCCGGGGCCCUAGCAAUACCUUCGGGUUCAUUUCGGGGACUGCCAUGGAUUGUUGCGGGACCCGGGUUUUUUUCGGGACCCGGGAUUGUUUCGUGUUCUGUACAGGAUCUCAAAAAGAACUUCAGAGACUAACAUAAUUCGAACCGUCUGUCUGCUCUCACACGCAUGCCCUUUGUAUUCGAAGGCAAGUGAAAAGACCCAAACAGAGCUUGAAAACGGUUCAAUAGAAAGUAAACAGAAAGAGUGAAUAGAAUUUAAUCUAGAGUUAUCUUUCUUAUAAAAAAACUCAGCAAGUGUUACGUAUAUUCUGGCGACCCCCUCGUGUUUCGCGUUGUGCAUUAUGUGUUUGGAGAAAAAGAAUCCAUUCAGCUUUUUGAGGUCAGUUUGCAGGGAGGAUGGCAAGAAUAACGCAAGUGGUAUUUUUUUACCAUAACUGUGUUGCUGUCGUGUCUGCGGUAGUCAAAGGCAAGUAAAGAAAAGAGCUUAUUUAUUGUCCCUUGUUAUUUCAAAGAAAAAAGCAUUAAUCACAAAAAGGACGCGUCAAGCGACUACGCUAAUCCGAAGACUCAAACAGAGCUUGAAAAACAAAUUUUUAUUAUACUUGAUACAGAAAAAGCACGGCGGGCAAUGACUCAUGGAUUCUCAUCGAAGAGCGUCUUUGUCCCUUACAGCAAUAGGGCCCUCAAAUGGUCUUUGACGAGCACCCCGUUUCUUAUGCGAGACCGAGCAUUUUUAGUUGUUGAAUAUAUCGAGCAGCGAGCCAUCGAAAAAUACAAUGCGAGCAAGGCGAAAAAAACUGCGAGCAUGCGAACAUAGUCGAAAACUGCGAGCAAUUCAAAAUUUUGGGGGACCAUUCCGGGGCCCUAGCAAUACCUUUGGGCUCAUUUCGGGGACUGCCAUGGAUUGUUUCGGGACCCGGGAUUUUUUCGGGACCCGGGAUUGUUUCGGGUUCUGUACAGGAUCUCAAAAAGAACUUCAGAGACUAACCUAAUUCGAACCGUCUGUCUGCUUUCACACGCAUGCCCUUUGUAUUCGAACGCAAGUGAAAAGACCCAAACAGAGCUUGAAAACGGUUCAAUGGAAAGUAAACAGAAAGAGUGAAUAGAAUUUAAUCUAGAGUUAUCUUUCUUAUAAAAAACUCAGCAAGUGUUACGUAUAUUCUGGCGACCCCCUCGUGUUUCGCGUUGUGCAUUAUGUGUUUGGAGAAAAAGAAUCCAUUCAGCUUUUUGAGGUCAGUUUGCAGGGAGGAUGGCAAGAAUAACGCAAGUGGUAUUUUUUUACCUUAACUGUGUUGCUGUCGUGUCUGCGGUAGUCAAAGCUGGCAAGGGAUGUAAACGAAUAGGAUUUGAGCCCGUCCAGAAUGGGAAAUACCUCAAGAAUCACAUGUUCAAAGCCGUCGCUGUCAAGUUGUCAAACUGUGACGUACGCUGCUAUUUGACUGACGGGUGCCAAUCAGCGAACUACGACAAUCAGACGGGCUUGUGUGAGCUGAAUAAAUCUGACAAAUAUCACGAUCCCGACGACUUUAUUAAUCGCACGAAUUCAGUUUAUCUCGGCACUCAGAACGCUUGUUCGGUCUCUCCCUGUUCUUCAAAAGCAAGGUGCAUCCCGAAUCACUCCAAUAACAGCUUUAUGUGCGUGUGCCCCAAAGGAUACACUGGCAAAGAUUGUAAAACAGUUAUCAAACUGAUGAGAAGCUGUGCUGAUAUUCUAAACGCUGGAUCAAAUACUAGCGGUGUAUACACAAUUGAACCAGAUGACGGAGAGCCCUUGAAGGUUUUCUGUGACCAGGAGACUUCUGGCGGUGGCUGGAUAGUGUUCCAGAGCCGCCAAGAUGGCUCCGUUGACUUCUACCGAAAUUGGACCAAUUACGAACACGGGUUCGGUGACUUCGCAGGCGAGUUUUGGCUAGGACUGGGCCGAAUCCACAGGCUGACCAAUGCAACAACUAACGAGCUAAGAGUGGACAUGGAAGCUGAAGAAGGGGAAACUGCGCAUGCUCAGUACGAUCACUUUGAAGUCGGAGAGAAGUCGGACAAAUAUCGACUGAGCGUGGACAGUUACAGCGGAACUGCUGGGGAUUCUUUGCUUUACCACGAUGGAUAUGCUUUUUCAACAAAGGAUCGAGACAAUGAUGCUUAUCCCUCUAAUUGUGCCGAACUUUUCGAGGGGGCGUGGUGGUAUCGUGCAUGUCAUCAAUCCAACCUCAAUGGGGUAUAUCUCAACGGCAGCAAUAGCUUGUAUGCAAAGGGGCUCUUAUGGUAUAGCUGGAAAGGAUAUUCUUAUUCUUUGAAGCACGUUGAAAUGAAGAUAAGGCCGAAGGGUUCUAUACAUGGCUGAGCUUCAAACGUAAACCCUGGUAUAAACAGUGCUCAACAUCCUUAAAGUUUGCUUACACAUUCGAUUGACCACAAGACUAGGGUUAUUUUGGAGCACCUUGCUGCAUCACCCAGCAUGGCUAUCAAUCCUACGUGUCUUUUUCUAAAACAGCUUUUGAGCUUUGUGUAAACGAAGGUCAUUUCUUUGGUAAAACACGUAGCGUUUGUGGGUUUUACUUGACUUUGCAUGCUCUUCUGAUACCGAGCGAUUCGCCCUUGCUUUCGUGUCGCUAAAUACUCAGAAGGUUCUGAACUUUUUUGUUUGUAUGAGAGCUAUGUUUUAGUUUUAGGGAAUGUAACUCCAGUGUCACACAUUGUUUUGGGGAGGGGAGGGGAGGGGAGGGCUUCAGGUCACUUUGUCGCAUGAUCAACAUUUUCUACACCCUAGAACUCUCUCUCUAUAUAUAUAUAUAUACAUUGAUUACACUACUUAUAUUUCACCUGCCUUUUUCCUUUUUUCCUUCUUCAAAAUUAUUUAAUUGAAGACAUUGUAUUUUAUGUUUUUAUGUUAAAAAGGUGAAGUCUGAUAAUCAUAACAGACAAUCUGAUUAGCCUUUGAGGGGAAGUGCAGUCAUAGAUAGUAUGGAAAAUAAGUAUAUUUUAAAAAGACUGCUUUUUGUGGUUGAGUGGGAGGGGCACAACCCAUGUGCCAACCCCUAGCUGCAUACCUUUACGUACCCAGUAAACUAUUUCGGUCUAAGUGGAGGCCAUGAAAAUAGCUACUGAAAUGAUUACUGCUCAUGUGUUAACAUAUAGUGAACUAUACAGAAUUUAUGAUCUCCUGCUUCUCCCAAAACAAUAGCUUCUGCAUGUAAGUACACUGCAGUAUUCACUGGAGCCCACUGAUUUCUAACAGUGCUGUACAUUACCAUUUUUGGUAAUAUCGGUUUACCAACUUAUUAUGUAAAUAUUCAAAAUGGCUGCGCGGAGUUUGAAACUUGAAUUUGUUUUGUUAGAGAGACGUCACAUCGCAAAAAAGUAACCAAAACAGCAAAAUAUCCUGCCCUAUACCAAGUUUGAUAUUUGAUUGAUGACUUCCUGUGUUCGAAAGUAAAAUAUCGUUUGGGGAACCUUUUCAAAUUGCCGGAUUAGCUCGCUAGUGGCAAAGUUAUUUAAAGGUUAAAGGAGACUGCCGUAAAAUCGAACUCUUUUCGUAAUGUUUACGUUUAGAAAAAGAGGAAUAUGAGUGUGAUGGACAAAAUUUUACGGCUUAGAAACUUGACAGGACUAAACUAGGAUAAAAGGGGAUCAUGGCAUACUAAAACAAUUUUCACCACAAGCCGAAACGAGUGCCCACAGGGUAUGGUGAAAGUUGAGGAGAGCGUAGGUUGAAUUGUGAGGACGAAAGUGCGAGUCAAGACCCAACGUCUAUACA